GGACACCGUUCUCGUCUCUUUGUCUCCACCAGUCAGAGCCUCCUCCUCUCCGUAGUCUCAUUCCGUGUCUCUCUCUCCAUCAGCAGCGGUCUGGAUGCUUGCAGGGACAGAAACAUGGCUGUGAAUCUCGGCAAGAACAGACUGGCCCUGCUGACCGCCUACCAGGACGUCAUUGACGAGACCUCGGACACCGACUGGGCCUUGUACACAUAUGAGGAUGACAGCAAUGAUUUGACACUGGCAUCAUCAGGAGGAGGCGGUCUGGCAGAGAUCACGCUGACCUUUGACAGCGCCAGGGUGAUGUACGGCUUCUGCAGCCUGAAGGAGCCCACUGCCGCUCUGCCACGAUACAUCCUCAUCAACUGGGUGGGGGAAGAUGUGCCAGACGCCAGGAAGUGUGCCUGUGCCAGCCACGUGGCCACCAUCGCAGACUUCUUACAGGUCAGACCUACCACGGGGGUGGAGGUCACCGUGAACGCCAGCAGUCUGGACGACAUCGACCCGUCAGCCAUUGGGCAGCGGCUGACCAACGGGACGGCGGUGGUGGCUAGUCCGGUCCUGAGCCGCCUGAAAACCAGAGAGGAAGAGCACAGAGACGUGGGCACGGUGUACGAGAAGACCAAUGCAGAGGUGGAGAUGAAGAAAAUCAAUAGAGAGGAGUUUUGGGAGCAGGCCAAGCGCGAGGAGGAGGUGAGGAAGGAGGAGGAGAAGAAGAAGGCAGCAGAGGAGCGGCAGCGCUUCGAGGAGGAGCGUAUGGAGCUGGAGAGGAAAGAGCAGGAGAGCCGGGAGCAGCGGUACCGCGAGAGGGAGAGGCAGAUCGAGGAGCACAGGAAGAAGUUGCAGGAAGAGGAAGAGGCCAAAGAGAGGUUGCGGAGCCAGACCACCAUUGCAGCAGAGCUGAGCAUCGACGAUCUGAACCUGGAUAAGAAAGAGACUGAGGUGGAGGAGGCGAAGGCCAUCAUCGCUCAGCGGUCAGGAAACCCUCGGGAGUUUUUCAAGCAGAAAGAGAGAGCCAUGACCAUCAGCGUCGACACCUCACCCGUCUCCAUCCACAGGACCGGCCGCUUGGACAGCCCGUUCUUGAAGCAGCAGCACAGUCCCAGCAGCCCCAGUCCGACUCCCCCACCCUGGGGCGCCUCGCCCCUCCGCACCCCGCCACACGCACGGACGCAGCCCGCCGCUGCCGCCGGGGACGAUGUCGAUGAAGCAAGCACAGAGCACAACAUGGCCGCGGUGUCGCCCAUUCCUAAAAUAGUCACCACGUCCAUCAAAGAGGACUUCUGCAGGGAGGAGGAGGAGGACUGCAGAGACGAGUGGGAUUCGGUGCCGAAGCAGGAGCAGAAGCCACCGGUCCAGGAGUCGGCCUCCGCCAAGCCCGUGCAGAGCGUCGCCCCGCAGGCCCGCGACUCCUCCGACUUCUCUGUGUGGGAGUCCGGGACAGACAGCCUGGUCAACCUGUGGGACAGUAGCUCCGGCCCUCCCCCCAACCCCUCCCAGACCUCCGGGUCCUCUAAUCUGGUGGACCUGAUGGGCGACGCUGCCCCGCCCAGCGCCUCCGCCCCCAGCGCCAAGCCUCAGCCCCUCCUCAGCUUCGACGACAUGGUGGACGGGACCUUCUGCUCGGCCACCGUCGCCGAGGACGACCCCGCCAGCCUUGUGGACGUGACAGGCCCUGAUCAGAUGACCCUCAGCUACCAGCAUGCACUGCAGCAUGCGUCCGCGGAGGGGAAGGAGCUGGAUGAUGUUCAGCUGCUGUUGACCAAUGGCGAGACACUGCUGAAAGAAGGCACUCAGGCCAGUGAGGGCUAUUUCAGCCAAUCACAGGAGGAAGAAUUUGGCCAACCAGAGGAGUCCUCAGCUAAACCUGCGCCUGUCUUUUAUAACAAGCCACCAGAGAUUGACAUUACGUGCUGGGACACGGACCCCGUGGUCGACGACGACGACGACUAACCGGCCAAUCAGAAACGACCACCGGACCAAGAGGAAGUAGGAAGUGCGCUUCAUGAAGAAACUGAUUUUUUUUUUUUUUUUUUUUCUAAAAAACAAAACACCAACAAACAAACAAAAAAAGGAAUAAUAAUAACAAAUCUUGCAUCAAAAGUACUUCUGUAUUAUCUUUUAGAGGAAAAUAAAACAGUAGCCACCGAGAAAAAGUUAAAGGCGGGGUUUGAGGUAUCGUUAAAGGCGGUUUGAAGGCUCGGUUAUGGGUUUUUCUGUGUGUUGGUUAUUUUAUUUAUUUGUUUUUUUCUUUUUUUUUUUGCUAUGCAGAUGUAAUAGCUGGGAGCUGGGGGGAGGGCCUUUUGUUUGUAAAUGAUUUAUUACACAUUAACGUAGCGCACUGCUGCAUAUUAGACACAAUGAAGCCCAGUGUGUGGCAGGCAGCCGACACACUUAGUUUGUAGUGCUUUAAUAACACCCUAUAAAACUAAUACGGUGGAUCAUUACAGCUGCCAUGUAUAUCUCUUCACUCUGUUUCUUUUCUUACCUCUUUUUCACCUCCCUCCUUUCUUCUGCCUUCCUCCCAAAAUAUCCAGAAAUAUUCACCUCGGCAAGUCAGUUAAUCUUGGAUUUAGCCCUCGCUUUAUUGGGGGGAAAAAAGGUGAAACAUUUUAUUUAUUGUGGUGUAUCUGAACCUCUGUCACUAACAGCUGAUGCGAUCCUGAAGAAACCAUAUCCAUUCUCAAGAUAGAAUUCCUGAAAGAGUCAAACUGUGGCUCGUUUUUUAACCUUUUUUCGCUCCUUUUGUAUGAUUUUAAGACUGAAUUCAAGAUUAAAUGGCUUGUAAAUCUGUA